AACAGUCGUCGCCAUGCUGAUGACUUACAAAAAUAAAGCUCUUCCUUUUCUGCCUAUUCAUACCAUUCGCAGCAAAUUCAGUUGCAGUUUAGCCUCACAGGAGAUCUAAUUGUCAGAUUAUAUAUCCCUCAGAAUUCUCACAGCCCGAUAAAAAUGGCGCGCUUUGGUUUGGCGAGCACCUCACUUUUGCUGACAGACUUCACUCUGGUGGUGAUUUUGCUGGCGCUCGCUAUCAGUUCCUCAGAGGAAGACUUUGAGCCCGAAAGAGAUAAAGAGUGACUGCGCCGGUGCUCAUGUUUAUUUUUCGUUUCUCCAAUACACAAAGUGCUUUCACAAGUUUUACGAUAGUUUAUCAUUUGCCUUUAACCAAACAAGUGUCUCAUAAUUGGAAUAAAAUUUAAAUCGACAUGAGUGAGGAAUUAGUGCGGCUGGAGGAAUUUCCUGAAGGGAACUUGAAGGACCUGCUGUAUACCUAUUUUGUCUCCUCCUUCAGAAAGGGUUACAUCAGGGCCGAGGGUACUACCCUGCCGUCGUACUUUUCUAAUUUUACAAUUCCAAUCAAGAGAUUCGCCGUCAGAAAGGAAGACACUUGGGUUUUCAGCUUUCCAAAAUGCGGCACAACCUGGACCCAGGAAAUGGUGUGGUGCAUUGCCAACGACCUUGACUUCGAGGCAGCUAAAGUGCCGUUGCAAGUCCGCUUCCCAUUCCUUGAUCACACGACCCUUUUCGAUUAUGAGGACCUCUUGAGCACCCGGCCCGACGUGGUCUUCCCACCCCACGUGUUGGACUCGAUCGGCUUCUUGGACAACCUCCCGUCGCCGCGCUACAUCAAAACCCACUUCCCAUGGUCGCUGCUGCCCACGAAACAAUUCCAGGACGAAAAGCCCAAGCUCAUUUACGUGGCGCGCAAUCCUAAGGACGCCUGCGUUUCUUAUUAUCACCACUCGCGCUUGCUCGAAGGCUACAGGGGCACUUUUGACGAGUUCUGCGAACUUUUCUUGGGAGAUUCGCUGUGCUUCGCCCCCUUCUGGAAACACGUUUUGGAAUUCUGGAAGAGGCGCGAUGAGCCCAACUUUCUGUUCGUCAAAUACGAGGACAUGAAAAAUGACCUGCCCUCCGUGAUCAGAAAAACUGCAGAGUUCCUGGGCAAAAAUCUGUCUGACGCAAAGGUGGAAAUCCUCACAGAGCACCUGAGCUUCAACAGCAUGAAAAACAACCCAGCGGUGAACUAUGAAGAUGUGGUGGAGAUCAACAGGAAGUACAAUUUGAUUGACAAGGAGGAAAUUGAGAAAGGCGCCUUUAUGAGGAAGGGCAGUGUUGGCGACUACAAAGGUCAAAUGUCCAAAGACAUGAUCAGCCGUUUCGACAACUGGACCGAGACCAAUCUCAAGGGCACCGGACUAUCCUUCAACUUGUAAUCAAUUUUACUGUACAAAUAUCUAUUUUGAAAAAAGGGGUAAUACAGAUACUCAAGAAGAAUCAGUAUUUUUUGUUGUAAAUUUAUAAGAAUCACGGAUUUAGCAAUAAUAAACAAUGCAUAUUCAUC